AUGCCUUUAUUCGAAACAUUAUAUCAUACAUUCAAACAUAGUUGGGAUGAUAUAUCAUUGGCAAGUUGGAUGAAAUAUCCAUCACCAGAAAGACCAGAUGUAUUGAGUGUAGAUAUUAUAGAGAAGCAUUAUGACCCAGAGACUGGAAUACUGCGAUGCAAGCGAUUGAUGAUUUGCAAGGAUCAUACACCUGCGUGGCUCAAGGCGAUUCUCGGAUCGACCGAGUACUUUUUCGUAGAGGAUUGCGAGGUGGACCCUCGACAGAAAAAGAUGGUGCUCACAUCCAAGAACAUCAACUUUGCCAACAUACUCGGAGUCGAGGAGGUGUGCACGUACGUGCCAGACCCCCUCAACGACCAAUUCACACUAUUCAAGCAAGAGGCCAAGAUCACGUCGUCAGUGUUUGGCGUCGCUCGAAAGAUGGAGUCAUUCUGCUUGGACAAAUUCAAGAAAAACUCGACCAAGGGUCGUGGUAUCAUGGAAGAGGCUAUCCAGCGUGCCGAGGCACUCAAACUCGAUGCUGAAGAGUCGUUCAAAGACAUUGAAGAGAGUAUCGACAAGGCUAUCAGCUCGGUUAAAAAAGAGGCAGAAGAGUCAUUCAAAGACAUUGAACAUACGUUUGACAAGGCAGUUGACUGCGUGCACCACUACAAACACGAGGCAGAGGAAUCACUCAGUCGUGUCGAAGAGACCAUCGACAAGGUCUUGCAAGAGGUCAAGCACGAGGCAGAGGACAGUCUGGCACUCAUCGACAAGGUCAUCGCCAAUGUAAAUAAGGAAAAAGAGGUCAUUUUUAAUUUAGACAAGGUCUUUAAAAGUUGGCGUGCUGAAACAGAAACAAACCUAGGUGAGGAAUUUAAAACUUUUAAAUAUCAAUCUUCAAGAAAAAGAAUUGAUGAAAUUAAUUAA